AUGACCGUACUCAACGUCAGCCCAGUUCCCCCGGACGAGAUCUUCGCUCUCAACCGCGCAUACACCGACGAUGACUUUCCGCAAAAAGUCAACCUCGGUGUAGGUGUUUACCGCACCAACGAGGGCCAGCCAUGGCCUCUUCCCGUUGUUCAAGAAGCGGAGAAGCAACUCGCCGCAGAGAACAGCCUCUUCCGCCAUGAAUACACAGCCAUUGAAGGCGACAGGGCGUUCCUCCCUCUUGCCCGGGACCUCAUGUUUGGCUUCGACGCCCAAUCCUCCGACGAGAAGCAAGAAGCCGCCAAAGCACGCAUUGGCACCGUCCAGACAGUUGCCGGUACCGGCGCAAACCAUCUCGGCGCCCUCUUCCUCGCACACCACAUGAAGCCCAAGACCGUUUGGCUCUCCAACCCCUCCUGGGCAAACCACCUCACAAUCUGGGAGCUCGCUGGCGUUCCCCGCAAGACAUACCCCUACUACUCCGCCGCCACCCGCUCCUUCGAUUAUGAUGGCAUGAUCUCAACUCUUGAGUCCGAAGCCGAAGAAGGCGACGUGAUUCUCCUCCACGCCUGCGCCCACAACCCCACAGGCCUGGAUCCCAACCAGGAGCAAUGGAAGGCCAUCAUCGAAGUCUGCGAGCGCAAGCGCAUCUUCCCCUUCUUCGACUCUGCAUACCAAGGCUUUGCAUCCGGGUCCGCAGACGAGGACGCCUGGGCCGUCCGGUACGUGCUCAACGAGAAGCCGCAAAUGGAAAUGUGCGUUGCCCAAUCGUUCUCCAAGAACUUCGGUCUCUACGGCCAGCGCGUCGGCGUCUUCCACUACGUCCUGAACCAGGGCGCGGAGGAUCUUCGCGACACCGUCGUCAACAACCUCUGCCAUCUGAUCCGUGGCGAGUACUCCAUGGGUCCGACGGCGGGCUGCAACAUCGUCAAGAAGGUCCUCACGAGUCCUGAUCUCACGGCCCAAUGGCACCAGGAUCUCAAGGUCAUGAGCUCGCGCAUCAUCUCUAUGCGCGAAGCCCUUUACAAUGAGCUUGUCAGACUCGAGACUCCGGGUACUUGGAAGCACAUUGUUGAGCAGAACGGAAUGUUCUCUUACACCGGUUUGACUCCUUCGCAAGUCUACGCCCUCAAGGACAAAUUCCACAUCUACCUCCUCAAGUCCGGCAGAGCCUCCAUCAGCGGCCUGAGUCCGAAGAACGUGAACUACGUUGCCCGAGCCAUUAACGAGGUUGUACGAAACACGAACUAA